AUGCGUCCCUUCCUCACGCUUCUCCUUCUGGUGACAGAGGCCGCCGGCCACGCUAUCCCGGCUGUCGACAGCAACGAGAUCGCCGCCCGAUCGACCUCGACCUACCGGGCCCCCAAUGGCGUCCAGUUCGCCGUAGAGACGGGCUUCGACCACCACGGCGGCGACUACAAGUCCGUCACCGCCAAGAGCCUCAACGACUGCAUCAACGUGUGCUCGACCCAGGCCUCGUGCCGUGCAGUCUCCUACUCGGGCAAGACGUGCUGGCUCAAGUCUUCCAUCCAGCCCGCCGUCGCCAACAGCAAGACCACCAACGCUGUUCGCUCUCAAUAUGUGCCCAAGCCCAUCUCCUGCCCUGCAGACGGCAGCAGCCGGGUCAAGGGCCCUGAUGGACGGUCCUUCACCGUCCAGUGCGGCGUUGACCACCCCAAGGGCGAUCUCAAGCACGUCCAGACGCCCGACUUUGCCAACUGCAUCAACCUCUGCGACGUGACCUCUGGCUGCGUGGCUGCGAGCUUCCGCUCUGGCACCUGUUACCUGAAGAAGUCGCUGCAGCCCGCAGUCGCCGUCUCAGGGGCCAACACUGCCGUUCUGAGCUCCAUGCUGCCCACCGGCCCGGUCUUCUGCCCCGGCCCCAACGGACAGGUGAUCAAGGAGACGAGCGGCCGGACGUUUACCGUCUUCUGCAACGCGGACCGUCCCGGCGGAGACCUGGCGAACAAGGCGCUGGCCAACUUUGGAGACUGCGUUGCUUGGUGCGACGAGACCAAGGGGUGUGCUGCCUCUGUCUUCCACGACGGCCACUGCUGGCUGAAGAGCAAGGUUACUGCUCCCACCCCACGGACGAACAGCCAGGUGGCUGUGCUCGACUCGGCGCUGAGCCCUCCGCCUUCCCUCUGCCCUAGCCAGAACGGCAAGCAGAUCAAGGAGUCGACGGGCAGAAGCUUUACGGUUGCCUGCAACGUCGACCGGCCUGGUGGCGAUCUGGCGUCGAAGAGCCUCCACAGCUUCAGCAGCUGCGUUGCCUGGUGUGACCAGACCAGUGGAUGUCUUGCUGCUUCCUACCACGACGGCAUGUGCUGGUUGAAGAAGACGCUGAACAAGUCUACGACACGAGCCAACGGCCAAGUUGCUGUGCUGAGCAGCAAGCUUCCGCAGACCUCGACUAAGGUUACGUCUACGUCUACCAAGAAGACGACGACCUCUACCUCGACUAAGAAGACUACUACUACUACAUCUUCAAGCACCAAGACCACCACUACGUCUACUUCUACCUCGAAGAGCACCUCAACCACCACCGCGGCGUCGUCUACGUCGACUAGCUCUCAGUCUUCCCAGACUUCUACCAGUGCUUCCGCCUCAAGCAGCACUUCUACUGCCUCCUCCUCCAACACCAGCCCUGCUGCUACCACCGGCCCAGCCGAUGCCACGUCCUCCUCAUCUUCCUCUAGCAGCAGCUCCGCGGCUUCCACCCCUUCGACUGAUGUUCCGGCUACGACAUCCUCGGCUUCUUCAGCUUCUACGACCGAGUCCAGCGCUGACAGCACCUCGACAAGCACCAAGGAUGCUUCAACGAGCGUCCCAGAUGCCACGUCGUCGAGUGCAGCCACCACCACCGCUGAUGACGUUACCGUCACAACCGAUAUCCCAGGCAGCCUGGACAUUCCCGCUGGCCCCCUGAAGCUCCCCGCCCAGCCAACCGUGACUCUUCGUCCGCUGGCUCCCCCCAACGUCGAUGUUUCAAGCACCGAUGUGAUCAAGCCCAAGGAGGUCUCCCAGCUCUGGUUCGGAAACACAAACCCGCCGUCUGACGCCUCGGAUGCCGUCAACGCCCCGACCGUCCGAGUCAACAUGACCUUCCAGUAUCCCUCCGUCAUCCUGGACAACUCUGCCAACAUCCUCAACAUCCAGUGCGGCUCGGGCAGCACCCUGUCAGCCAGCUUCAACGGCGCAGAUGCCUACAACGCCGCCAAGCAGUCUUGGGCGGCUGCCGAGGGCAGCAGCGACAGGCUCAUCAUCGUCACCGCCGACCCCGGCUGCAGCUCAGACGGCCACUACGUCUACUUUGUUGCCAGCAGCAUCUCCUUCAACGACGGCUCCAAGUCUGUCAGCUGCUCUGGUUCUACUGAGUCGGUUGCUGAUAUUACCCAGGAGGUUGGUGUUGACUUCGGUGUCAUUGAGACUUCUGUGCCCACGCUUGAGGCGAACCCGGAGCUUGCAACUGCAUAUGGCUGUACUGUGCCUGACACCACAGAGGUCCGUGGCUUGCCGGCCAUCUACUGUGGUCCUGACUUUGAUCAGCGGUUGAACAACAAGCUGGGCUACUAUUCCAUUGAAGAUGCUGACAUCGACACCACCUUGGCGGCUGUCAUCCCUGGUGUCCAGCCAAGUGACGUGGAGGCCCGCGCCCUUCUCGAGGGCAGAUGCUGGCCCUCAAUCGCCUGUAAGGCCGUUGCCUGGGUUGACAAGACCGCGACCAAGGCCUACAACGCCGUCGCCGACGGUGCCAAGUCCAUCGGUAACAGUCUCGGCAGCAUCGCCUCGGACCUUGGAAAGGAUGCGCUCAAGAACCUGGGCAAUCUCGGCAACACCGUGCUCGGAAUGGCCAAGAACUUCGCAUCGGGUAUCCUGGCGGCGGCCAUCUUCAUCGUCACCGGUGACUAUAACAGGUCCUUUGACUUCCCCAUCAGCAUUGCGCCGCCCAAGAGCGCGCUGGACGAUUCCCCCUGGGGCGAUGGCUUCAAGUUCUACACCUGGACCCCCGACAAGGGCGAGUACUGGAAUGCCCAGGAUGCGGCCCUCGACAAGAUCAAGGGCGUCGUCAUCGGCGAGGCUGACCCUGAGCCCGGCGUUGAGUUCUGGUGUGUCGACUGCCACGUUGACGGCAAGCUCAAGCUCCUCGGCAGCGCGUCCUUCUCCCUGACCAGCGGCCUGACCAAGGCUCAGCUGUCUCUGGACGGAAGCCUGGAUGCUGGGCUCUACCUUGGUAUGAACGCCUUUGCGCAGUGGAACCCCAAGAAGGAGUAUGACUUCUUGUCCCUGGGCCUGCCGGGGCUGUCCAUUCCCGACAUCUUCGCCAUCGGACCUGUGCUGUCUCUGGGCAUCUCCGUCGAUCUGGACAUCAGCGCUGUUGGACAGUAUCUUGUUGGUGCUGACAUGCAGUGGACUUCUCUUUCAGCCAAGCUGGAUGUCCUCAACCCUCGCAGCUCCUCCAAGUCGGGCUGGACUCCCAACAUCCGGGACACGGUCCAGGCUGAUGGCAGUCUGACGGUCAACUCCACUCUCGGCCUCCCUGUGACCCUCGGAUUUGGCAUCAACAUCCUCAAGGGCAAGUAUGACAAGGAAAUCAAGCUUGUCGAUACCCCUGGCGUCCGAGCCAGCCUGGAGUACGACUUCACCAACGAGGUCAACAACGGCGAGGUCAACACCGACCCCGAGGAUGGCUGCUACGGCAUCCACUGGAGCGUCGGCAUGGUCAACACCCUCGUCCUCGACCUCUCCGACAUCAAGCAGGGCACCUACACCCUGGACGAGUACGACGCCCCCGUCUUUGCCUCGGGCUGCGUCGGCGAGAACCUCUCCAUUGCGCCCCCUGCUACCACCGUUGCUCCCCCCUCAGGUGGCACCACCUCCGUUCCCCCCUCCGGCGCCGACUGCGGCUCCCUCAGCUGCCCCGGCAGCGACGGACAGACUUGCUCUUCCAGCGGUGCCGCGUUCCAGAUCAGCUGCGGCCUCAUUUACGCGGACGUCCUCUACAGGGUCGCCAGGACUAACAACGCUGCGGCCUGCGUGAACAUCUGCGCGACCGAUGACCUCUGUGUCGGCGCCAACUUCUUCGGCCAGAUGUUCGGUGCCAUGCCCGACUGUAUGAUGUACAGGGGGGGCGCUCCCAGCUCGGCGGCGCCGGCCAACAUCAUCUGGAGCUACAGGAAGGUGUCCUCGCCGCACAAGAAGCGUAUCCAGCUGCUUGACCGUGCCCCGACGACGCUCACCACGAUUGCGUCCAUCAGCCAGACUUCUUCUGCUGGGACUGUUGCUGGCACCGCCACCGGAACGGCCAGUGGCAACGUCCAAGCCAAGAUCCUCGCGGAUACUCUCACUCGCACGGCUUCCCCUGCUGCCACGGACCCUGCCACGGAUACUUCUGUUGCUUCUGUCACGGCUUCCGCCACGACUACCAAGACAGAUGCUUCUACCACUGCCACCGCAACGGAUGCCACUUCCACCGCCACGAGCACCAGCUCCCCUGAUGACGGCCCCCACGAGUCCAGCCCCGUCGUCCUCAAGGACGCAACCGGCCAGUUGCUCAUCAACCCGCACGUCAACGGCAGCCUCUUCGUCUCCGCCGCCGACAGCACCGUGUCCAUGGAUUCCCUCACCAACGGCGCCUCCUUCAUGGCAGACGUCACCCGGCCCCUCGUCACCGGCGACUCGGUCAGCCGCAUCCUGUACUACUUCCCCAGCACCAUCACCGCCGUGGGCGCCUCGCGUCUCCGCCUCGCCACCUGGGACGCCAUCCCCCUCGGCGCCGAGAUGAUCACGCUGUUCCCGGUGGUGACGAGCACGGGCUCGACGGUCCUUGUGCCCAUGGACAGCAUGCAGAACGUGUUUUACCCCUUUGUCUGCGACAUCAAGGGCCAGCUGAACAAGAUCUUCCUCGUCAGCGACAAGGAUAGCGGUGCGGCGACGCUGAUGGAUUCUGAUUUGGAGUAUACCGUUGUCGGCGGUGUUGCGCAGACGUGUGUUCCCCUGGCCAUGGUGGCUGAGCAUCUGCCUGGCUGGAGUGCCCCUGGGGCUACUACUUCUAACAAGGCCACUCCUACAACGGCCACUUCUACCAAGGCCACUACUACCAAGGCUACGGCGGUUACCAUCACCCCUUAG